AUGGAGAGGAAGGCAGUGGAAAUCCUCAAGGAUGGACUUGAGGCAGAGGGUGGUGCUGCCCUGAUGACAUCCUUGUCAGUGAAAGUCAAGUGGGGCCAACACGAUCUUCAAGGCCUGGGCAACAUCAGAAAGUUCUUGGCGAAAUACCCAGACCUAUUCAGUCUGGAAGGGUCUACGGUUACAUUAACCCAAAGCCCGUUGCCCAAAGACGAAGCUCCGAAAACGACAAGCAAGUCUGCACCCAAAGCGCCUCCUGCUUCUCUGGGGCGAAGGAAGCUCGCAGAGGAGUCCCCAGGAUCGGGAGCACAGGGAAGCAAGGCUCCUCGAACAACGUUUGGUGCACCCACAUCUAAAGCCUGGGCAAUGGAAGCGAAGCAGGCCCCGAAUGCAGAAGCAUCGAAUGGUGCCAAGCUGGACACGCCAAAGCCGAAGGGAAUGGCUCCGAAGCCAAAGCAUGGAUCCGCUGGGUCCGCGUCUCCGGCAUCUCCUCGGGGCAGCUCCCCGGAAGCACGAAGUGAGAUGGUGGAGCCUGCGCCAUGGCACAGCCGACGACGCACUCAGGGCAUCACCUCCAAGGAGGCCACAACUUGGGAGGAGGACAGCUUGAGUGAUCAGGAGCUGAGGCAGGCUAUCAUCGCGAGCAAAACUCAAGGGAUGGAGCUAGAGUUGGCAGAGCUCUUGAAAAAACUGCAGCCGACAGAGGAGUACAAACGAGAUUGCCAACGGGCUCUUCUUCUUUUGAGGGCUGCUUGCGCUCAGGAGUUCCAGACAGGCCUUGGGAAGGGUGCCAGCCUUGAGAUCAUCGGCUCGUGUGCUCAAGGUACCGAGCUCAACGGCUCAGAUUUGGACGUGGCCUGCAGGGUAUCAGGAUUCAGUCCAGAGGAAGUUGACGCCAAAUUGCCUCGACUUUGGGCACGGCUCGGUACACUGCCGCAUUCUACACACUUGGUGGCUUUGGAUUCAACACGUUUAUUCCCUCAUGCCAAAUGUAUGCUGUCGGCUAGCCUCAAGGCUUCAGCGCAAGGUCCUGCACCGCGAUUUCAUGCACACUUGCUUCUGGUCUGGUCUACCCCUGUGAAGCAGUCGCUAGAUUCCAUGCUUUGCAGUCUGUGUGAUUGCUGCGGCAAGGCCAGAGAUUUGAUUCGGCUAGUGAAGCUAUGGGCCAUGAACCAUGGCUUGGCUGAUCACCGUGAAGGUUACAUGAACGGGGUCGCAUGGACAGCUCUUGUUCUAUGUUUUUUGCAGCGCGAAAACUACCUCCCACCUUUGCAAACGUUGUUAGAGCGUGGGAACUGGAAAGGCUCCCAGACGCCUAUCCCCAGCCUCAUGGACCUGCUUCUAAGAUUUUUUCAGUAUGUCUGUGCUUUGCAAGCCGCCACACCAAGCGGCAUUUCGCUGAUGGAGGGAAAUGAUUGUGAGGCACCUCCAGCUCAAGCUGAUGCGGCGCGUCCACCGCCGCCCUUGUACAUACAGGAUCCAGUUCAACUGACGCAAGGCUCUGAUGAGAACAUUGCAUCAAUGCUUGGGGAAACCCAGUGGGCUCGCAUCCUUGACGAAUCAAGGCGAGUUGCUGAGAGACUGGAUCCGUCCAAGCCAAAACGCUGGUUCUAUUGGGCUGAAAUAUUCGACCCUCAAGGGCUGGCAUCUGGAGGCAAUAAGCGACUUCCGAAGCUUGGCGAAGUCAAAGUCCCCUUUGGUGACGAGACGGCCUCACUCGAUAAUGCAACUCACGCGACUUCAUCCAGCACCGUAGCAGCUGCUCAGGCCGCGAGAGGGGCCAACGCAGGUCAGGUGAAUGCCCAGAACACCGAUGCUCAAAUCUCUCCAACUAGUGAGCCGCUCGAAAAGAGCGCUUUAGUCCAGGAGGUUUGGUCCGGUGGAAGCGGCUGGCCACCCGGCAAAGGACCGGCCGCGCAAUAUGUGCCGCAUGCCUAUUAG